CCUGGAUACGGGAAAGCGUCUCGUUGCGGUCUCCAAGGAAAGGAUGGAAGUGUAGUAGUUCAGGAAACGUUUCUGUGCGGUUUUUAUGUAGUUAGAACGUCAAACUGUCAUGGCCAUCAGUUGGGAAAGCGUCGCUGUCGUCCUAACAACGACUUUAUCAACUUUUAAUACCUACAACUGUACGUUUUAACUGCGCCGCUCUGCUGAUCUUUCUUAGCAUGGACAGUAAGGAUUAGUUAGCCUCAGCAUCACCCAGCGACCACACCUCCCGCUGACAGGUUUCUGAGCAGACAUGGGCAAGCUGCAGAGCAAGUUUCGCAAGAGGUCUGAGCUAUACAAAGCAUCUCAAGGGGAGAAGGCUGACAACACCUAUUAUGACAGUCAGAUAUUACAGUAUGAACCUGCCCACCAUGGAUCCAUCAACACUGUGACCCAUCUCAGCCCAGACCUGUGUGUUUCUGGUGGCAGUGACCAGGUCGUUGUUGUGUAUGACUGGAAACAAGGCCAGGUGUGUCAGUCCUUCCAGGGUCACAACAGUGAGGUCACCAAGGUGCUUUGUUAUCCCGGCAGUACAUGGAUCUUCAGUGCCUCGCGGGACAAGACUGUUCUCAUGUGGGACCUGAACCAGGGAGACGAACCGAUUCAAGAGUUUUCUGGACAUGAGUUGGUUGUCAAUGGCAUAGCCAUCAGCCCCGAUGGGAGAAAGCUUUGCACCGGCUCACGGGACAACUGGAUGUGCCUGUGGGAUAUAGAAUCAGCAAAAUGUGAACACAGACACAACAUCUCAAGAAACCUGGUGACUCAUGUAUGUUGGGUGCCAGCUAGCUUUUCUGUAGUCCAAAGCUCAGAGGAUAAAACUAUAAGGGUGUGGGAUAGUCGUACCUGGCAGGUGACCAAUACUUUUCCAGCUAAGCAGUAUAUACAGACUCACUGUGACGUCUCUCCAAACGGACACUACUUGGUGUCUAGCAGUAACGGCUUUGGAGGCCAGGGUUGUGAAGCCACGCUCUGGGACUUACGUCAGCCUGGCUGUAAAGUUAUGGAGUACAGAGGUCACCUGCAGACCACAGCCUGCUGUAUAUUUCUACCCGCGUUUCCUGGUGGCUCGGGUCAGAUAGCAACAUCCUCCCACGACAGCUCGGUGAAAAUCUGGGAUCAGAAUACGGCAGUCUGUCUAGGUACGUUGUCCCUGGAUGGUGCUGGUCCACUGGUAUCUCUGGCUCCCAAUGAUUCCACCAGUUUGCUGUGUGCCAGCUUCAACGCCGGUCUCCAACAUAUCCAGGUGGACCAUGGAUCCCUCCAGGCUCAGGGUUCUGGUGCUGGAUCAGGUGGUGCUGGAAGCCUGGAUAUGAGAGUUGUGGCACGUUUCUGAAACCACCAAAGCAUCUGAUGAGCCAGCAUCAGCUACAGAUUUCUUUUUUGAAAAUCUUUUUUAUGUCAUCAUUUUACAUGACUCUGCAGCAUUUUUGCUUUACCAACCUGCCAUACUAAGAAAAUGCCAGAAGAGUGAGUGAUGAGAAAACUCAGCAGGUCAUUUGUGAAGGCUGUUCUUCAAAUCCACCAUGCCUUGCAAAAGUUCUCAUACCCCUUAAACUCUUCCACAUUUUGUCACUUUUCAAGCACAAACUUCAGUGUAUUUUUGGGGAUUUUAUUUGAUAAAGCAACACAAGGUAAUGCAUAAUUGUGAAGUGGAAUGAUGACUUUACUUGUCAAUGUUGUUUUACAAAUACAAAUCUGAAAAAUGUGGCAAGCAUUUGUAUUUAAGCCACCAGGGUUAAUCAGCUGUCGUUUGCUUACGCAAUCUUCUGAAGUUUGUAUGCGAACAUAAAUUUCCAAGUCUGGUCACGGAUUAGAUUCAAAUAGAUCCGGGCCAAGGCCAUUCCAGCACAUGUGUAUGCUUUGGGUUGGAGCACUGACUGUAUGUAUAGCACCAUCAUCCUGCUGGAAGGUGAACCUCUUCACUAAGGUUUUUCAGCCUCUCAGUGUUUUGUCUCCAGGCCUGUGUUUAGCUUCAUCCUCUUUCCCAUAAGCUCUAAACUGCUUCCCUGUCCCUGCUGAAGUAAAGCUUUCCCACAGCACUAUGAUCCCACCACCAUGUUUAAACUUGAGAAUGGUGUGUUCAGGAUGUUAGUUUGCUGCCCUACAAAGCGUUUUCCGUGAAGGUCAGAAAAUUUCAAUGUGAUAAUUUGAUCUCUGCAGCUCCUCCAGAGUUGCAAUGGGCUUCAAAGGCCUGCUGUGUUCCUUGGCCUCUGAGACCUUCACAGAAUACAUAUAUUUAUAGUGAAAUUAAGUGAAAUUUUAAAGGCAGUUGGUUACACAUGAUUGUAUUUUGGGGUAUUUGAGUGAAGAUCAAUAUGUACUUUUCAGAUUGUAUUUGAAGUGUGUGGUUUUAAUGUGACAGAAUGUGAAAAAGUUAAACAAAUAUGAAUACUUGAGCAAGGACCUGUACAUGAAGAGCCAAUUCAAUCAAUGAUCAUUUUUGUUUUAUCCGUUUAAUAAACUUCAAGCUUUAAAUUAUAAUGAUUUUUCAUAAGGGGCACAAAAACCAGACUAGUGCUGGAAAUCUGGAAGCAGUUUUAGAAAAUAACUAAUUUCUUUAGAUGUGGAUUAUAAGCCAUGGCCACUUCUUCGUUGAUACUGUCAGACAUUUGGUUUUUCUUGUAAACAGGCUGUGAUGUUAUAAAAGCAUAUUAAUAAGAAAAAUAAAUAUACGAUGUGUAGGAAAGCACACACAUUUUGGCUAUGAACUGUAAUCUACAGAACUGUCUUCUUUAGGGUUUUUUAAAAUGAGCCAGUGGGACAAAAAAGGUUUAGUCAAAGCAAGCUCGGUUGUCGGCCCAGAUUCUCAGAAUAUGAGGACUUUAUAACUUUACAAAGUCAAAUUUUGUUGUUUUAACAGCCAAAACUUGACAGCACCUGUAAAAGCUUCUCUUAGAUGUCAAUUAUCUUUAUUUGUUAUUUAGAAAAAAAUUGUUUUGUUUUGUUUGUACCGUUGGUUUUGUUAAAUGUUAAAACUAAAGAAUAUUGAAAAUGCCAGCUUGUAUGUACGGAGCCCGCGAGGGGACAUGGGGGGAUUUUUUUUCUUUAGCGUCUCCACGCAAUACUUUUGCGUUCGCUCCCAAAAGUUGUUAAUCACCUUGAUAAAGUUGUGCAUUUUGGAACAGCAGCACAUUUGACAAACUGCUCACAAAACAAACAGCACUGAUAUGGCAUUGAUAUGGUGUAUUUGUCAUAUGCAGGUUAACAUGCAGUCAACAAUGUGAUGAAAUACUUAGGAUAAGACGAACCGUUCAAAUCACUAUAAAAGUGGCGUGCAAAAAAAAGUACUCAUCAUGCAGCAGCAAUAAGAAAAUAAAGUGUCACAGAUGUGGUUUCACUGUCUUUAAGGCGAAUUUCAAAAUAAAACUCAAUAAAUCUCAAAAACGGGUGUAGAGUUUGUUCCAUUUUUGCAGUUAUCUGGUUUGGAAACUCUCCCACAAAGUAUUGCGAGAUAACGCAAAGACUAUUGCCUGAGAACGUGAAAAUUAUUGUGUGGGAACGCCAAAGUAUUGCGAGAAAACGCAAAAGUAUUGCGUGGGAACGCAAAAGAAAAAAAAUUCCUCCAUGUCCCCUCACGGGCUCCGUAUGUAUGAACUUAUUUUUGUUCUUGUAUAGAAAAGGUUUCCUGUUGAAACAGACUCUUAUAUUUUUACUUGAAGUUGCUGAUAGUUGAUGUUUUGUGUUUUCAGCCAAAACAUUUCAAAUUUAUUUUUAACUUACUUUUUAAGUAACUAUGCAAAAUACCAGUUACUAACCUUGAUAAACUAAGCCAGAAGAGAAAAUGAAGAUGUUGUGCACGUCUUCCAGUAUGAGACUCGCUGCCAGCUGCUUACUUUAUGUAUUCAUUAUUAGAAAUCUAAAGCCAUUUAUUUCAGGCCUACAGUACAAGAACCUAAAUUGCUCUCUCAAUGCUAUCUCAAACUGGUUAAGCAGACAUUUUGCACCAACAGUUUCAGACUCUAAUUAUUACUCAGGGAUUUAGGAAACGUCUGCAGAUUUUUACAUUUAUGUGCUUACUUGUCAGGUUAAGCAUCACAUAUUGAUUUUAUGUUUGUACUGAUGUAAUGUAUAAAUAUAUUUCUUUUGAAAAUGUAUUUAAUGUAAAAAAAAAAAACGUUUGCUAUUGUAGUUUUGCUUUUAUUACAACUAUUUUCCAAUAAAUUACCUGUAGACACCUGCUGGAAACAC